AUGCCGGAUCUCCGUGUUAUUUCUCUCGAAGAGGUCGCCAAGCACAACUAUGAAGGUAUCGAAAAGUCGUGUUGGAUCGUUAUUUCAGGAAAGGUUUACGAUGUGACCAAAUUCCUGAACGAGCAUCCGGGAGGAGAAGAAGUCAUCUCUCAAUUGGCUGGAAAAGACGCAACAGUUGGAUUUCUUGAUGUCGGACAUUCGAAGGAUGCUAUCGAAAUGACCAAAGAAUAUCUCAUCGGACAACUUCCAGAAUCUGAAGCUGCAACUACUACCACUGCUCCAAAGACAACUUCCACUCAAAAGAAAUCAUCGUCGUCGUUUUUCAAAGAUUUCACUGAUAUCAUGACAUCUCCAACCUGGACUAAUUUCUUGAUUCCGGUCUCCAUGGGAAUCGUCGUCUAUGUCGUCUACAAGUUCCUCUUCAACUGA